GGAGCCCUCCUCCUUUCUUCUUCACGCCGCGGCGUCGAGGCAGGCCAGGCUCCUCCUCCGGCAGUAAUCCCCGCGCUGCCGCCGCCGUCGCUGCUGCUGCUGCUGGCGAGGCCUGAGGAGAAGAAGAAGGAGGAGGAGGGAAAGACGGCCCGGGAGGGUGUCCGCCUGCCCGCUUCGUCGCCACCCACCCCACCCCCCAUCCCUUCCCCGACGCCGCGUCAGGCCCGUGGCUUCUCCGAGCCCGCCCUGCGCUCGCCCCGGCCCGGCCGCUGCCUCCUGCAUGUCUUUCUCGCCCUCAGCCCCGCCGCCUGAGCAGCCGCCUCAGCCCCGUCGACAGACGCCCCGGGGGCUGGAUGCAGACUAACAGGGAUGCCAAAGGAAAAAUAUGAUCCUCCAGAUCCUCGCAGAAUAUAUACCAUCAUGUCAGCAGAAGAGGUAGCCAAUGGGAAGAAGUCCCACUGGGCAGAGUUGGAAAUCUCGGGUAGAGUGCGCAAUUUAAGUCCAUCACUUUGGUCACUAACACACUUGACUGCUCUCCACCUCAAUGACAACUAUUUAACUCGCAUUCCACCUGAUAUUGCCAAGCUUCAUAAUCUGGUUUACCUGGAUCUCUCAUCCAACAAACUCCGAAGUUUACCAGCAGAACUAGGAAACAUGGUUUCUCUCAGGGAAUUGCUUUUAAACAACAAUUUGUUACGAGUUUUGCCUUAUGAACUUGGACGGCUCUUCCAGCUACAAAACCUAGGUCUGAAAGGCAAUCCUUUAUCACAAGAUAUUCUCAGCCUCUACCAGGACCCAGAUGGGACACGUAAAUUGUUGAACUACAUGCUUGACAAUCUAGCAGUUCAUCCAGAGCAGCUGCCUCCAAGGCCAUGGAUUACAUUAAAAGAGCGAGACCAAAUUCUGCCCUCAGCUUCGUUUACUGUCAUGUGCUACAAUGUAUUGUGUGAUAAAUACGCUACCCGUCAGCUCUAUGGCUACUGUCCCUCCUGGGCUUUAAACUGGGAAUACAGAAAAAAGGGAAUCAUGGAAGAAAUUGUGAACUGGGAUGCAGAUAUCAUUAGUCUUCAGGAAGUAGAAACUGAGCAAUACUUCACCCUCUUUCUGCCAGCAUUAAAAGAGCGUGGAUAUGACGGAUUUUUUUCUCCAAAGUCACGUGCCAAAAUCAUGUCUGAGCAGGAGCGAAAGCAUGUGGACGGUUGUGCAAUAUUCUUCAAAACAGAAAAGUUCACACUGGUGCAGAAGCACACGGUCGAGUUCAACCAAGUGGCGAUGGCCAACUCAGAAGGGUCCGAAGCUAUGCUGAACCGAGUUAUGACAAAGGACAACAUCGGAGUUGCGGUUGUGUUAGAGGUGCAGAAGGAACUGUUCGGGGCAGGUAUGAAACCACUUCAUACAAUGGACAGCCAGCUGCUUAUAAUAGCAAAUGCCCAUAUGCAUUGGGACCCUGAAUAUUCGGACGUAAAGCUUGUCCAGACAAUGAUGUUUGUCUCCGAACUUAAAAGUAUCCUUGAGAAAGCCUCUGGUCGGCCUGGAAGCCCAACAGCAGACACAAAUUCUAUUCCUAUGGUGCUGUGUGCAGAUCUCAACUCACUGCCUGAUUCAGGUGUUGUGGAAUACUUAAGCAAUGGAAUAGUGGCCGACAACCACAAAGACUUCAAGGAGCUGCGUUACAAUGAGUGUCUCAUGAACUUCAGUGGCAAUGGAAAGAAUGGGGCUCCUGAAGGAAGAAUCACCCAUGGUUUCCAACUCAAGAGCGCCUAUGAAAACAACUUGAUGCCUUAUACUAAUUACACUUUUGAUUUCAAGGGUGUAAUUGACUAUAUUUUUUAUUCCAACACUCACAUGAAUGUGCUUGGUGUCCUGGGGCCUUUGGAUCCUCACUGGCUGGUUGAGAACAACAUCACAGGGUGCCCCCACCCUCACAUCCCUUCCGACCACUUCUCACUGUUGACUCAGCUUGAGCUUCACCCUCCGUUCCUGCCUCCCAUCAACGGCAUCCAUUUGCCAAACAGGAGAUAGUGCUGCUCUUCCUGGAGGGCAGGGACCCCCGUUCAUUUGUUUAUGGACUUGUACAGUUGUAAAUCAAAGUCGGUAGGAGUGAAGUAUGGCCAACCUUUUAAUAGCUGCUGCUUCAUGCUCCUUUUCCGUUUCGUGUGUGUUGACAGUACAAUUUUGCACAUUUUCUUUCGGUGCAUAUUGGUACCACUUGGCACUAGGGCUGGAACCAAAGUUGUUGUUUGUUCCCUUUUUCAAUGGGGUUUUUUUUUUGGGGUGGGGGAGCGUUUUGUUCUGAAGGUACAGACACAAAGGAUAUACAGAGAAAAGGCAGCCGGCUUUACGUGUUUUAACAGAAAGCUGCCUUAAUCAACGGUCAAAUCAGAAAGGAGGGAUUUGCUUACAUGUAUACAUCCAUAGCUAAAGGUUUUGUAUUCCCCCCCCCAUUUUUUUUUUAUCAGUCAUAGCCAGACAAGUCUUUCCCCCUGCUCCCAAAUCACUCAUUUAAAAAAAAAAUUCCUCUGCACUAGAUUAGAAAGAGGUAUUGGCCCUGUAGGGCAGUGUUUCUCAACCUUGGGAAUUUAAGAUGUUCCCAAAAUGGUUUCAGGGCUGACUAAUGUGUGGACUUCAACUGCCAGAAUCAAAAUCCGCAACACCUUAAAAUUCCCAAAGUUGAGAAACACUGCUGUAGGGGAUUUGCAUAUCACUGGAAAUAGCACUUAACUGUUUUUAACGUUAGAUUCCGAGUCAAAUUUGUCCACUUCCCACUUGAGCUAACAAAGUUGCAAGAUGUUAGUCUUCCUGCCAUUAAAAAGAAAAAAGAAAAUUUGCUCUAUGCAGGAGAGAGCUUUUCCAUAAAUAUCUGAUUGCAUCUGGCACUAAGUCACCAGGGUUUUCUGCCCUGCUGCACCACCUUCAUUUCUGAACUAUAAAAGCUUGCAUGCUCUGGUCUGAAAUUCACUGAAUCACUUCCAUGGCACUAAGGGGCAAGGAUGAGUCUGAACCUCUGGAUUGAGGCCCACGUUCUCUACCAGAAAAGUAAGAUAGCAGCUGUCUUUUUCUCAAAGGGAAUUACAAAUUGGAUCACUUCAGAGAAACACAGGCAAGUGAGACACACGAAUGACUAAGGACAUCCAAUUAAACGUUGAAUUCCUGCAUUUUAAAUCAGCGAUGAGAAUUCCUCUGCUAAACGCUCCACCGUAUACAAAGAGAUUCCACCCCAAAUGCGACCCUUCUUUUCUUAUCUUUUGUAAAUUCCAAACCCCUCCCCUUGUCCCCUUUAAGGUAUUUGGUUAAGAAAGGUUAGUAGAAGCGAAAGUGGGAGAUUAAUGUUUAGUUUCAGCCUCCUUCAGGCAGAACAAGCCAUUUUUUUUCCUCCGUGCAAUUUUUUUGUUUCAAUACGAAAAGUGAGAAUAAUGUUAACCUAACCAUUCCCUCAUUCCCCCCCCCUUUUUUUCUGAACCCUAGUCGCCAAAUAGCCAUGUAAUGCUUUUAAUUGUUUUGUUGUUGUUUCUUUUUUUCUUCUUCUUCUAUCAAGUUAGGUUUGUUUUUUGUUUGUUUGUUUUUUUAAAAAAGGGAACCUGCUUGUUUGUUCCCAGCUGUUAAUUUUCUUUCUUUUAAGAAAUCUUCAAGCAUCCCCUCGCGUGCACUUGUGCUUCUGGUGGCCAUUUUAAAACCUUUCUUUUUUUCUUUUCUUUUUUUCCUGGAGGGUGCAAAAAAUAGAUAUAUAUAUUCUUUUAAUGCCAUCUCUUUAAGAGAGAGAUGAGGUUUCUAUCCACUUAGGGCAACUGCUAUUGUGAUGGGCUUGAGCAGAAUAUUAGGACUUGGCUGUUCCGGUACAGAGAAAAGGGGUACUAAGGAAACAAGAUGGUGGAUGCAUCUUUCAUCUUGCCUAUUUUGAUCGCUUGCACCUGUUGCUGUGGCCUAGCCGUAUCAGAGAAAGAAAAACAUUUAGCAGUAAGCCCCCUAGGUGCAGGGGUGGGGAACAACGUUCCUUUUACAACUUGUGGACUUCAACUCCCAGAAUUCCUGAGCCAGCAUGGCUCAGGAAUUCUGGGAGUUGAAGUCCACAAGUCGUAAAAGGGCCACAGUUCCCAACCCCCUGCCUUAGUGGAUAGAGUUACACUUAAUUUUUCAACAGCAGCAAGAAAGGCAAAUUUUGUUUUUAUGUUUUGGGGUAUUUCUGCUUUGCUGCUAUACGAGAUUCCUUGAGCUUAUAUUUUAAACUUUUCAUGCACUUUACUAUUUCUAAUCUGAAAAAAACAAAUGUGAUAUUUUUAAUAAAUGAGGUUUCCAUUAUGUGAAUGAAAAUUUUUAAAGGAGCUAUAUUUGUCUCAUGAAUGCGCUAAAAAAAAGGAAAAUGAAAAGAGUCAAGUAGUUAAUUUUAAAUCCAAAGGAACCAUCCGAGACGGUAGCCUUUAAGGUAUCUCCUUCCCCUCUCUCUGUUUGGCUAACUGUGUCUGAAAUCGGGCUCCGAAUUGUUCCCUCGUGCUUGUAAGGGGGGGAUGGAGGUGGAGCGGAAUGAAUGACUGAAGAAUGCAACCUUCACUUUAAAAAGGAAUUUGUCUCCCAUCAAUUACAACUUGCUGCAUUACGUAGUAGAAGAAAAUAAACAUUAAGCAGAGCAAUAGUCCUUUAAUAGGCCCAAUCUUCCUGUGGCUUAAACACUUCACUUUCUUGGCUGUUCUUGCAAGUCGGUGCAGCUAACAAUCUUCAAGCGACAUCCUUCUGUGGUUUGUUUAACGUGGUAUGCGAACCAGGAAUUCUGUUGGUUUUUGAGUUUCUUUUUGUGGCUGGUUCCAAGGGAAACAAGCGAGAGUUUCGGAUUCACACAGUGCAUUAAACAGAUCCUCAAGAGGUGCAGGUCGAUUCAUUUCCAGCUCAGCCUUCUUGAAGCUGAACCACCCUUCGUGUAAGAAAACUCAAAAUGACAUCCGCACUCUCCCUGUAAUCUGGAGCAGGACUUUCCAUCUGGCCUUUCAAUGUGUUUUUUUUACAGAUCACUGCCCCCUCACUGUUGGCUCCCUUUGGUGGAGGGAGGAAGGCAUAUCUCGCACACUGCACACACCAGCUAACAAGUUUGCAAGAAGCAGCUCUGUUUUAACCUCGUUCCACCCCCCACCUCCCACCCACCCCAGGCUAAAAUCGAAUUAUGAAGCAUGAGAAGGUUUUUCUCCAUUUGAAGAUCACAUUCCCCCCCCACCCUCAACAUUGCUGCAGGUAUUUUCUCUUGCAUACCUCAAAAAGAAAAAGAAAAAGGUUCUAUAUAAAAUGGCCAUGUAGAUACAUUAUAAUAGAUAUAUAUAAAUGGACAAGCCAAUUACGAUACAGUACUGGGAAGUCAACUAGCAUGACAAAAACUUAAUUUUGUGGACAUUAACCCUUUCGGUUUUAUUUUUGUAAAGGCACAACCUUUUUGGGAAUUUGGUCUUUGCCCCAGCUCUGGAUGCAGUGAAUACAAGAGUCUCAAACUCCUAUUUGCUUCCGUAGGGCUGGAACAAAAGAAUUCCCAGUCCGGUUUGUGCUCCCAAGUCGUCAUCUGUAUCAUUUUGGAGGCAUUUUUUUUCUUUUUUUCUUUUUACUUUUCUUUUGUGCUCUGGAGGUAUGCACUAACAAUUUCCCUCCUUCUCAUACGUGCAUGUUAACUUAGCAGAGUGAGCAAUAGUUCCCACCAUACUUCACUCCCAACUAUUUUUGGAGAUGUUUGUAUAAAAUGGAGUUUAAAAAAAAAAAUCGCCUGUGAUUGUAUAUGAACUGCAAAGGAGCCGGUUUAUUAAAUAAUACAAA